UGAAUCAGUAAAAUUCUGUUUCUUUUUUACUUCUAGAUGGCACCUGCCAAAAAAGGAGGAGAGAAGAAGAAGGGCCGUUCUGCCAUCAAUGAAGUUGUUACCCGGGAGUAUACCAUAAAUGUCCACAAACGGAUACAUGGAGUGGGUUUCAAGAGACGUGCUCCCCGUGCAAUUAAAGAGAUUCGCAAAUUUGCAGUGAAGGAGAUGGGAACACCGGAUGUACGUAUUGACACUCGACUUAACAAAGCUGUUUGGACUAAAGGUAUAAG